ACUAGAGCUGCCAGACGUCUGCUAGCAGUUUAGUCGCCGGUCAUACGGCGGACGAAACGGAACUGAGCCUUUUAGAAAUAGUUUAUUGCAACGUCCAAAUUCGUAUAGAUAAAUAUAGUAGUAAGGAAGAAAAGGAGGUCGAUGAGUUUAAAUGUUCCUACUUAAUGGGCGUCUUGAACGCAACAGCCGCCAAUGUCUCGUGUGCGUGUGACUGCACGCGCCUCAGCUCCGUGCACGUCAUGGACAUCAUGGGAAUACCAACAUCCUGGAGGAAGACCACUACUAUGCAGCCUUCAUCAGGGACUCACAACCAUGACAACUGUGUGCAGACACAACUGUGUGCCCAGCUGGAGUUUGUCCAGAUCCUGGUGAUCGUGGUGGUGAUGAUGGUGAUGGUGGUGGUCAUCACCUGUCUGCUCAACCACUACCGCCUGUCGGCGCGCUCGCUGCUCUCCAGACACACCUCCACACGCCGGAGACACCUGACGCUGGCCCAUGAGGCGGGCCUUUGGAGCUCGGAGGGGGCGGGGCCAAGUGGUGUUCUGAAUGAGCAGCAGCAGGCGUACAACCCCCGGCCCCUAGAGAGAGGGACCCCUGCGUCCUACCUGCUGCGGGACCCUCAGCAGGGUGUGCCGCAGCGCUUCCAGAACGCGUACGGGGCGGGGCGCUUCCAGCCCACGUACCCCUACUUGCCCCAGGACCUUAUCGACCUCCCACCGACCAUCUCUCUGUCUGACGGGGAGGAGCCGCCGCCCUACCAGGGCCCCUGCACCCUGCAGCUCCGAGACCCAGAGCAGCAGAUGGAACUGAACCGCGAGUCAGUGCGAGCACCGCCCAACCGAACAGUGUUUGACUCACACCCCCUGGACACGCCCACUUCCUGCAUGCACGCCAGCCUACAGGCCCCUCCCCCGAGCGUGCGCGCCGGCAUCAGCGCAUUGGAGGCACUGGGGGCGGUCCGGCAGCACAAGCAGGAAGGAGCUCCCCCCACCUACAGCGAGGUGAUUGGACACUACUACCACCCCAGGGCCACACCCACCAAUCAGGCGCCUCCGUCCUCGCUCAUACAAGGCGUCCCCCAACUCCCGCCGCCAAGCAGCCUGGACAGGCAGAAUGCCAGGAACACCGAAGAGAAAUCGUAAAAUCCUCGGCGAGUGCGAGAGUGCUUCAGGGGUCAGUUACCGUGACGACCAACCUGCAUUCUGAUUGGUUGGAAUACGAGGUGAGAUGAUAAGAGGAGAACCUUUAGCACUUCACGACGACAAAAGUGGAUCUAGAAGCUUCCUCCCUCAGACCCAUCUCAUCUUUAAGAUAUACACUUCUUUCUUUUGCAACUUUUUGUUUUUUUGCUUUAACCCACAGUAGCUGCUAGCACCCAGACAUGCUAGUAUCAGGCGGUGCUAGCACACAAAAUCCUUUCUCGAAAAAGUCUUGGGCUGUGUCUCAAAUCGAAUACUUUCGUCAGUGUUGAGCAUGUAGCGCAUUAUUAUUGUUGCACACUUACCGGAAAUGGCGAGCGCAAUAUAUACCUUCUUCGUAUUCCUCCUCCUAUCCGUUGCAACCACUCAAGUUAGCCAAAAUGGCGACCAUUGGUGGUGGUAACUCACCAUUACCACACUUUCUGGGUACUGAAAGUCUUAGUAUGAGCGCACUCAUGCACUCGAAAGUGUAAGUGCGCGACUUGAGACGCAGCCCUGGCUCUUGUUUACUAGCUUAGCGGCGUUAGCACGUGCUAAGCGCCCUGCCUUAAUGUUCGCCAACCGACGCUCACAAGCGAGCGAAUGAGACGUCUGGUUGAGAUGUUUCCCAAGAGAAGGUUUGCACAAAGUUCACCGCACACAAGGAAAACUCCUCCACGUCGUUUUUCUAAUCACAGACGCUUUUUGUGUUUGCCUUUUUACGUGUUGUUAGUCGUAGACGAGAGACUGUUCACAUCCCAUCUGCCACGGACGUGGCGGAACACUUAAAAGCACCAGUUUAGACUUAUUUAUUUGAUUGCCGAAAAGAAUUGCACUAUGUGUUUUUUUUUGUUUGAGUGUGCGCAGAUAGAAGGGGUGAGAGAGACUUUUAUUGUGAAGGAGCUCUGUCUAUUGGAGACCUGAACCCACCACAGGGUCCCACGCUACAUGGCGUUUUGGCAGCAGAUGCUUUUUAUUUAUGCAAAAGUCCGUACACACUCACACACAUUCACUUGUUUUGGGUCUGACAAACACCAGGGUUGUUUAAAGUGCAUCCUCGGUUGUAUUUUCUGCAGUUUGUUUUCUUUUUCUAUUGGCACGUGACACAUUUAAAAAAUUAAAUUAGAUUUGGAACAAUAGGGACGCAACACACACACACACACCUAAAGUCGACUUUGACGGAUUGCUGGGUUACUCUGUAGACCAGGGGUGCCCAAAAUAGGACCAGGGGGCCAAAUUUGGCCCGCCAAAAUGGUGAUUUCCUAAAUUCACUAUAUAUUGAUGCAAACUCACAAAUAGCAGGGCUGACUAAUUGCCAUUUAUGGAAUGUGUGCAUGUUGGUGUGGGUCUAAAUUAGGGGUGUCAAACGUAAGGCCCGCAGGCCUGAUGUGGCCCGCGAACAGGUUUUAUCCGGCCCGCGGGAUGAGUUUGCUGAGUAUAAAAACGAGCCGAAAUUUUUCAAUGAAAGAAACUGCUGUUAUAAUUGUGUCCACUAGAUGUCACAAUAGCAAUUCUUUGUAUCUUUGUAGAUGAUGCUACAUAUGUAAAAAAAACAAAAAACACAUGGUUAUCACAACAGUCGAGGAAAAUGAGCAAACUACAUAAAUAACAUCCUGUAAUUUAAUUUAGAUAUUUUUUUUUUAUCUUGAUAGAUUGAAAAUUAACACCAAUGAGUUGACUGAUGAACAUUAUCACAUAAUAUAUUCAGAAAGUAUAAAUAACGACAAAUACAGAUAGAAUACUAUGAACCGCAACAUGUAAGUGUAAAAAAAAAAACAUUAUGAUUUGCACGUUUUCAGAAUGUGCUUGUUCUAUUUUUAAACAAAAAGAAAACAAUCUGAAGUUGUCUAUUUUUAAGUUAUCGUGCCGUGAUUUUACCAGUCCGGCCCACUUGGGAGUAGAUUUUUCUCCAUGUGGCCCCCGAUCUAAAAAUGAGUUUGACACCCCUGCUCUAAAUGCUUCACUCAUGGUUCUGAUGUACGUUUAAAACGCUGUGUUUGGCCCCAUUGGCACAGUUUCACUUUGUCUCCUAGAGGCAAAAAGUUUGGGCACUCCUGGUGUGUCGACCUCUCUAUGUGGAAACUAAUCAAACCCACACACACACAUUUUCCAAACACACUUAUGCUUGUAUUUCACACAACGUGGGAACCACACACAUAUUCUUGUUUUUGUAUUGUGGUGACACACAAUCCGGGUUACACACACACACAUAGUGUUAACUGUGUCAGGUCAGGUUUCUCUCCGGCGGGCGCCCUCUGAGCACUUUACUGCAUCAGGACAGAAAAGAAAACAAUCUGAAGUCAGCCAGCGGAUUUCCGACUUUGAAUGCACACGCGGGUAAUCGACGGCAAGAGAAUCGCCGAGCGGAUCCGUGUGUGUCCGCGGCAGAGCCGGGUGACUUAGUCGCACAGAGGACACAGAGAAGUGUUGACAAGUGACACGAGUGUCAGCGGAAGCUCACCCGCCAGCGCCGCCGCUUGAAGGCGGCGCCACAACGGGCCCUAACAAAUCCAGCGCCCUCUAGUGUCCAGUCUUUAUGCAACAGCACCCUCCACCCGGCCCUGAGUGGCUAAGCAGCAGCAUCCUAACGAGGAUACGUGUUGUUUGGAAUGUUGGCAACCACGAGCCGGUUUUCCUCCCGUGUGUGUCCGUUUGAGUUUACGGGCGCCGGGUGGGAGGGUUUGCAGCGGGUAUGACAAGACUGGACGGGUUCUGAUCAGGGUCCAAGUGGUGCUGACUGGACGCCAACAAUAGACGGGGGUCGCCUGCGCUGGCUGAUGCUUGGAAUACAAACGGGGGGGUGGAGGGUGCGGAGGAGGGGGCUCUUGAAGAAGAUCUAUGAGGCGUGUGUGUCGUGAGAAAGAGCGGCUGCUGUCUAGACUAAAACUAAACACACUCUGAGCAGACUAAACACACACACACACACCUGGUCGGCCUCCAGAGUUGCCGUCCCCCACCCUUGCACUUCCUGUCUGACACAGCACUUCCUGUUUCCUGGAGAUGCCCGCUGUCCAAUCACAGCGCUCCUGCUGUCCCACCAGCCCUCUGCUGCCAUUGGCUUGCGUUCUUUCACGUCUCCAUGGCAACGUGGCGCUGAUGUUUGUCAUUUUUUGUGUUCUUUUUGUGUGUGUGUGUGUGUGUGUGUGUGUGUGUGUGCGUGGGGUUGCCUGCCCCUGAGACAGCGAGCGGCCAUUUGGGGGGCUGUCAAUCAACUUAGGACACGCCACCCUCGCCGUCUCAGAUAUGAUUGGAUGAUGAGGAAGAUUGACAGAUAUUUGAUUCUGUAGAGCGUUGCAAUACAUCCACUGUUUGCCUUGUUGAUGAUGGUAGUGACAUUUUAGCCUAGUUUUUAAAUGUUGUUUUUUGAAAUUGUUAUUCCAUCCAUGGUUUCCAACGCCAUCGUCCUGAGUGCGACCACAUGCUAACAAGUGUCCUUGCUAGAGCGCCGCGAGCACACGUCACUUCCUGUCAGGUGCGGUGUACCCCCCCCCCCCCCUACCCCACACCACCCCUCUCACACGGCACGGAACACACAAGUCCAGUUUGCACGCUAAUCAUGGCGUAUAUACACGCGUGUGCCUUCUGUGGACACUUUGACAUGUUGUGUAUGGUCCAUAAUCAUCAUUUUGUCAUUUGUGUCGUCAAUAUUGCGAGUGAACAUUCAUGCUGCGUUCAAUAACGCUGGGAGGGUGGACUUAUCCCAUAUGGAGUUUGCGAGGUUGAGGAAGUGUUUUCAACGUAAGCAAAAAAAAAAAAAAACAUGUCUAAUGACAAUUUAAUUUAGUAUUUAGUCUAAUCAACUUUGUCGGAGUUUUGUAGUUUCCCAGUGUUAUGAAACGCAGCAUAACAGAGUGUACGUGGUACAAGUGUCUGUAAUUUCCACCUGAAGUUUUGUCACCUUUCAUGCUGCUUUCAAGACUGCGAGGGAAGUCGGAAAAAUGCAAGUCUGAUUUUACGAGGUGGACUUCAAAGUGUUAACACGUAAACAAAAACAUGUUUAAUAAAGUGUAAUCAUCCCAUUAGUUUUUAACAAGGAUUUUAAGUUAAUAUGUCUGAAAACUUCUCUUGCCCAGUCAAAUUGAAUGUAGCAUAAAAGUGGUUUAAUGGCAGCACCACAUGGACUGAAUUAUCAUGCAGACGUUCUAUUGAUUGAGCUUCCAGAAAGAUGACUUCAGACUUUAUUCCAGCCUGUUAACUUCCGGUAUUGAAUUUGAAGUUGAGCACAAUCUCGUCUCUUAUACGACACUUGCUGACUUGAACAUUCCCAAAGACAUAAUCGUGGAUCCCCGCAGAAAGAAAGUCCUCGCACCCGUGGAAGAACUUCCAUCUCACGCUGCAGUGAAAUCGUGCAUUGAUGAGUUCAUGUGUACAUUUAUAUUGUCUGCUCUGCAUGUUGUUUGCUAUCAUCUCGUCUAAAAAUGUUGUUUCAUAAGAUGGUAUGAAUCAUUUCAAUUAGCCUUUGGAAUAAUGAAAAUAAACACAUUUUUAUACAAAAGUCCAGUUAUUGUUUGUCGUGUGUUGGUGCACAAUAAACCAGACAGCAGAUUACAUUGUUUGUUUGUGCUGUUUGAUUUAGUCUUUCAGUUCGAAUUAAAGUGAUUUAUCUCAGAAUUAAACAAAAAUAGUCUCAUUAUUUUGUGCUGGUUGGUUAGAUAUGUUUUUUUUUUGUUUUUUU